UGAGGGGCAGGCGGUCGGGAUUGGGGCGGGUUCUGAUUUUGGCAGGCCUGCCAGAUGAGGUCUACUGCGGGAUAAAGGGUUUCUUUUUCUCGGUGGAUUAUCAGUAAGGAGUUUUCUCUGGACUACCGGAUCGACCCUUCACCGGACCGGACCGGACCGGGGCGAGAAACUAGGACAUGUCGCCUUAAUGGUGGACUUCGGAAGAUGCUGUUUCUAGUCUGGGUCCUGGUCUUGUCUGGACUGACCCUGGGACAGGAACCAGGGCCCGGUGGUGUUAAAGUGGUCGUUAGAGAAGACAGCGACGUGGUGUUGUCCUGUUCUCUCAGCACCAAGGAGAGCAUUGUAACGGGGGUCUUUGACUGGAAGAAAGACGAAGGUCUGAAGGAGGUGUUCCUGUAUGACGCUGGCAUCCAUUACAACAACGGUCGUCCAGGUCAGAGUGAAGAGUUCAAAGGUCGAGUCUCUCAUUUCCCAGAUGAACUGAAACACGGCAACGCCUCCAUAAUCAUCAGAAAUACAACGAUAUCUGACAGUGGAAACUACAGCUGUGUUUUCCCCCGUCUUCAAACACCUCAAAGAUUCUACAUUAACCUUGUUGUUGCUGCAGCACCAAAGCCACGUGUCACAACAAUCAACGCCACCUCAGCCUGGGCCCUGCUGCAGUGUGACGUUCAUGGUGCUUCUCUAACAUCUGUAGUCCAGUGGAGGGACGGGGCUGGGACCAGACUACCUGCUGAGGAGACCAGGACCCCAGAAACCAGAGACCACUACCACAUCACCCUCAACACCACGGUGACCCAGACCGGCCGCUACCGCUGUGUAGUCACCCGGGAGGAAAUCAGCCAUCAGACUCAGGCUGAGAUCUUUGUUCAUAUCAGUGCUGCCAUUCCAGAACCGUACAUCAAGACCCUGAACGCCACCUCUGCCUGGGCAGAUCUGCAGUGUGAGGUCCGAGGGGCGACUCCAAGACCUAAACUAGAGUGGAGGGACGGGGCUGGAAACCCACUUCCUGCUGAGGAACCACAGACCUCAGAAAGAGGAGGCAGCUUCUACAUCACCCUCGUCACCACGGUGAACCAGACUGGCCGCUACCGCUGUGUAGCCACCCAGGAGGAAAUCAGCCAUCAGACUCAGGCUGAGAUCUUUGUUCAUAUCAACGGGAAAGUGUGUGAGGACUCAUCCAGUGAAGCACUCGGAUGGGUUGGUGGAUUAUCUUUGGUAGCUCUGGUUCUUGGUCUAGUUCUAGCUCUGCUUGUUGUUGCAAAGAUCAUCUCAGUACGCUGCAAUAAAGGUUCUCGUCAGCAGGGAAACGGUUUGGGUAAUUUGGAAAAGGAUUUACAUGAAGAGGGUUCAGAAAUGCUACAGCCAGAAAAUGUAUGCUGACUUUACAUGUACGAGUGUUGUAAAAGUGUUUGUGUGUUUAUUUAUCUUUGUGACAACCAGUUUGAAUUUUAGUCCUUAAGAGUUAAUAUAGGACAGUUUUGGAAAGUAAAGCAAAUUUAUUCCGACCUUAUUUUCAUAAAUACUCUGACCUGUUAGUGUUAAACAUUUAGAUGUUUAACCCAUGUUAGAUGUUUGAUGAUAAGGAAUGCAUUAUUUCAACCAGCGUCCUCACAAGAAUAGAAGUACAGUGUGUGUCCCUGUGUAAAUAAUGUUGAGUGUGAAUAUGCAUCAUGUUGCCUUAUGGGAGAUCUUUGUGAGACUUAUUAUGGUCUGUUGGUGGUUGGACCUACACAAAAUAAAUAUUAUAAUAAUAAUGUAUAAUUUACAAAAACAAGACAAAACAACAACAUAACAAUCUCCAGCUUCCUAAAGGACCAACAAGCCAACGCCACUCUGACAGA